AUGACUGAAGUAGAAUCGGAGACUAAACGGAAAGGUAGCAAACUGUUAAAAUGGUUUGGAAAGCUGACAGUGAUUUCACCGCUACCUGGCUUCAUCCCAUAUUAUUCCCAUCGAAAAGCCAGACGAUCGAUCAAUCCUAAUUCAUACUCCUCGACCGUACAACACACAUCUUCACUACCAACAUCCACACCAUCCAAAAAGACCUUACCGUUUCCAUCACUUUUCUCCAAUGAACAAUUGUCUCCAUCGCGCACCUCUGCAUCCUCAACUCCCUCAAUACCAACCAUACCAACCAUACCAACCACGCCAACCACGCCAACUUCGCCAACUUCGCCAACUUCGCCAACCAGCCCAUCCUGGAAAACUCACCGCCAUCAAAUAUCCCGUACAAUUGAAACGACAACGACAAGUACAACCGCUACACCUGCCGAGGUUGCCGCAGUUAGUUGGGAGACUCCUGAUACAGAUGACGAUGAAGACGCUUUUGACAAUAUCCCGAACAAAAAGAGGAGGCGCUGGGGCGAUAUUGGAUUUGACAUAAGUUUCGAUCAUAUUG